GCGAUCAAUAAAUUAUUGAGAAAGUCUUAUCAAAGAUAUAUUUAAGAUGUUUCAACGUUGAAACAAUUUGUAAAAACGUAUUAUCGUCGUUCUAUAAUUUCCAUAAAAUAGAAUCACUCUGUCAAACUGUAUCAACUCGCAUAUAUUGAUUAAUACACGAAACUGAAACCGUGCUCGAGAUACGUAGAAAGAUGCGUUGAAUGACAGUCAACAAGGUGGACAGGUAUGAAACAUUAAACAUGCCUCAUGGCUGGAGGCAGGAGCAACAACAAGCGAAGUGGAAAUUUAGACAGAACGUGUCAAUGGCUCUGUUGCCAUCAACUGUAUGCUUCUGUCGUGCCUGAGCUUCCUUCGAGCGAAACGUUUAAAAGGUAUCAAUGUGCAGAGAAGAACCGCAUCGUUGCGAAAAGUCUAAGCGAUCUACAGAAUAAUAUUUUGAGAAUAUUUACGGGCUCCUUGUAUUGUGAUCUUAACAUAAUACAUGGAUAUAAUAUAAUACCAACAAACAAGUGUAUCGUUAAAACAAGAGCUCCACAUUUUUAUAAGGUCCUCAAACCUUAUUUUAUAUACACUAACAGUCGCAUUGAUUGCAUCCUUGAUAAACCGGAAAUUUUUCAUCACAUUGAAGGCUUUGUGAGGCUUUUAUAUAGCAAUUCAAACUGCUUGCAAGAAGAACGACUAUUGGUAGACCUUAUUUUGAACGUUACUUGCCAAUCAAGAUUUGUGAAUGCAUCCUGUAUCGAUACUGUUUCCGACAACAAUAAAAGAUAUGUUGAUUGCGCAACAGCAGACUGCAAUCCAGCAAUCGACGCUAAGGAUACGAGAAAUGUAAGAGAGUAUGCUUCAACAGAUGUAAGUCCCACUUUAUCCGAUAUGGCUGAUUCUGGUUUAGAGACUGGUUCUGUAAGUCCACAUGAAAACACAACGUCCGAGAAUUCGAGUACCGAUUUUGAGGAAUUGCAAGUCACAGGGUACACCUCCGCGAACGAUGAUUUUGUUAACAUACGCGUUAGACGCGGGAACAGCAAAGACCAGAAGAUAGUUGUGGAUGCGGAGCGCUAUGAUUCAGCCAACGCUUACAGUAGCACAUGCCAUAUAAAAGACUUGGUCGGAUCGGGAUUAAUGGAAAGUGCAUCGAACGAGCACAGCGCAACAUGUUCUUCCGUCGAUGCGGAACAACCGCAACUAGACUCUUCUAGCUCGUCCACGGACAAUGCUCAAAAAAAGAAAUUACAUACAGACGAAAUUUUUCAAUACGAGAAUCACGUACUUAGUGAUCCAUUUUACGAAUCGGACUGCGGUAGCGACGAGAACGAGUCGUUCGAGUUUAUCGAUCUCGGUAAUGUAUCCUCCGUGAGCACCGACGCGGAGAAAGAAUCCGCAAAGGGGGAAUCCACGGAGAAACCAUGCGACGAGAAGUUAUGCAAUUCCAGUUACUGUCGAACCGAAACUGCACAAUCGGAGAACGCGAGACUCGAAACAUCCCAUAAUAUACCGAAACAUAAAAGUUCCUGCAACGCGAGCAAUUAUUAUUUUAUCGACGCGUCGACGCUCAACGACGAAGUAGAAGUUCCAGCAUCGAACGCGGCUAAAAAUAAAUGCUUCGACGACAAGCCCAAGCCGUAUACCUGUUACUCUUCCGAAUACGCCGCAAGUAAAUCCAACGAUUUUCCCGACGAGCAAUGCUACAAAUUCACAUCGCUGAAAACAUCUAAUUUGCAAAUUGGUCACGAAAGGGUGGCAGAAUUCGAAAGGGAACUGAAACUCACGGAGUACUUAGAGCCGCUUACAGACACUCGGAAAGUAAGAAGAACCGAUUCUAUAUCCGAGGAUAAGGGAAACAUAAAUGCAGAGACAAACAAAGAGUCAUUGGUUGUAGAGAUCAAAGAAGCAGACAGCGGCGAAAGCGCACAUCCUUCACCUUGCCCUGACAAUAAUAAGAAUAUGAACAACGACCGAUCUAUUAUAUCGCGUGUAACUAACGACAAUGAUGCCGCCGUUAACGUAAAUAGUAACACAGAAACAACUGAGAACACGAACGACAAAGAUACGAAUUUAAUAGAAGACACUCGACGUCCUUCUCUCAUUAGGAGGAAUACGUUUGAAUUGGAUUCCAACGACGAGAAGAUAUCGGUAUUGAGACAAGAGUACGAACGACGACAAGGCAAUCUCGUAUUUCAAAAUGCUAUACCUCAGUAUUCGGGGCACCGUGUAGAUGGCGACUCGUGUUUCAUUCCACCGGACGAGCCCGCGAUUCCAGUGAGCACUGUUCUAAACAAGUUCAAUAUGGACGUUCAAAUUCCACCCGGUACUCAAUAUCACGCGAUGCCCUAUCUGCCAUUGGAUAAUGGAAAAUACGAGAUCAAUCAGAUACCGUCGGAAAAUAAUGAUUCUUUGCAGAAUGACAGUAAAAUUGCUAAAAUUUAUCCUGUAACGAAAAGCGCCAGCGAGGAAUUGGUCCCGGAUUACCGAGCAGAGUUGGACGAUGGGUCGAACAGCUGUAGCAAUAGCUUGCCUGUUACGCUGAAUUGCAUUUUAGAGAAGGAUAAUAGAAUAGAUACGUUAAAAAAGAUUAAAUGCGACGAGAACACGCCUAUUAUUUCUGGAGGCGUCAGCACCUCGGAUUAUUCAAAGCCUACCGAUAGUCCCACUGUCCGUCGAAAGACGGAAUCGACGCCUAUUGUUUCCGGGGGUUCAGUUAUCAUGGGUGAACCCGAACUGCGAGUGAAACCUUCGAGAAUGGCUUCUUCCAUGACCGCGUGGGUGGUCGACAUGAGCGAUUGCAAUAAAACCGAAUCCAAGUCAACAAAUAAUACUCAAGUAGGCAUGUCUCAAAGUUUCUCAACGUCCGAGUGUGUUAAGAAACCUGUUAGAAAAACGAGCGUACACGACAAGCACGGCAGCUUGGGUUUCUUCGUUAAUUUGAAGGAUAUGGAUCACAAAUCCGUCGCGCAGCAACAAAAUCAUCCAACGGAGAAGAAAGAACAAAACGAAAGUAGUAAGUCUUACUGUGAAUUCUAUGUCGAUAUAUUUAAUGCAAACUCUGCGUUGAAAAAUAAGAAGCCGGAAGCAGAAGAGACGAACAGCAAGCCUGGAAAAUCUAACGAAGACAAGAAAAAUAUUUUCUCCAUGUUCAUCGAUUUAAGUGAUUCGACCAAGAGCGCAGAAAGUACCGUACAGCCUACUCACAGGAGAAGUUUAUCCACGUUUUGUGAUAAACGAGUGGAAAUAAAAUCAGACGAUAUCAAUCCUAUUGAGAAUAGUAGUGACAAGGCGGACCAAUUGUCCAACGAACAAAAAUCUGUUAGAGACAAAGCUAAACCGAGCGUGUUUAUGUAUAUAGAGUCUGAUUCUCCGGUGGUGAGAAGAAGAACACUGUCCUCGUCUCGACCAGCGUUCAAACGACAUUCCUGGAAUGUCGAUAAAACGCAAGGUGCUAACAAUAAUGGACACGUUGCAAAGGAAAUAGUGUUCAAUAAGGAACAUAAACGCGCGCAUAGUCUCUCCGUGGACCGUGGCGACUUGAAGAAACUACAAGCGAAGCAAAGUUUUUCAAAUCAUUCUUUGAACGAUGCAACAAAAUCUGAAUGCGUUACGCAGAGGAAUUGUGCUCUUAGUAACAUGGACACGUCUUCGGAGGAUGCUUUCGAGUACGAUACAAGAGACACGCCUCCAAAUUCUCACGUCGAGGUGAUCAACGAGGAGCUUCGCGUGAGUAUAAAGGAACACGAAUAUACGGAGUUAAAAGCCGAACGAGCCGCGGAUAACCUCAAAACUGCCGACGUCAAAGCGUACGAAGACGAAUAUUCGGAAACUUCGGCGUGGGAGAAGACCUGUACAGAGAGUACGGAGGGACAGACGCGUAAAAGCGAAACGUUUGAUAUCAGUAGCGGCAGCGGGCCAUCCCCUGACAGCGACAAUCACGAUUACGAGCUGUCCGAGUUAUUAAACGGUGAAGUCCCAAAUAUAGACCGAACCCAAGUGAUACCAACUGUAGGUAACAAAAUAUCCGAAACUCAUAAAUCUUUGAACGAAACGAUCAAGAAAAUUGAAAGCGAAUUGAAGAGUCCGGACUACGUGAAGCCAGAUGAAACGUUUGAAAACCGCAAUGCAACAGCGAAGAAGAACGAAAGGACCAUGGGGCUCAAUCUGAAAGCGACAACGUCCAAUUUCGUCAGAUUGUCGGAUUUGGAUAAAACGCCUGUCGCAUCUCACACGGCGGAUAUUUUAACCGUGAAAGAAGAUAGAACUACUUAUCGUAUGUGCAACAGUAUACCAGAGACUUCGUGGAUCGAGAGCAAAUUAGUCAUGUAUAGAACGAAUGGCUCGGUGAGGCCAGUUCCCAAAAAAUUUACCUCGGUCAUGAGCACCUCCCUGCCGUCUAAACAAAAGUCUCCUCUGGAAGAUUUAACGGGGGAGUACGAUGGCGAAGGUAUCAUAUCGGAAUCUGAUCUAAGCAGUAUGCAAAGCAGCAUGGGUCGUUCUGGAGCUGAAGGUAGUACAGAGGAAACAGAAACAUCGAGUUUGGCAGGAGGAAGACCGUACAAUAGAUUGGGAGAAGAUUUAUUAAGGAUGUUCUUGGAAGAAAUUAAUCCAGACGUUACGAUCGACGUGGCUGGUCGUCGUAUAAGAGCCCACAAAUGUAUAUUGAGUUCUCGUUGUCAAUAUUUUGCGGCGAUUCUUAGUGGCGGAUGGAUCGAAAGUGCUGGAAACGUUAUUUCUCUGCAAGGAUACUCGUACGAUGCGGUACAUUUUGCAUUGUGCCACAUAUACAGCGGAGAAAGUAAUAUACCAGAUUCACUAAGUAUUGUUGAAUUGGCAACAUUGGCGGAUAUGCUGUGUUUGGAGGGGCUUAAAGAAGUUAUUGGAUAUACGCUUAAAGUUAAAUAUUGUCAUCUGUUUCAUAAGCCUUGUCAAAUAUGUGCUGUUGGCGUAUUGGAGUGUAUGCCCUUGGCGGCGGCUUAUGGUCUCGACGAAGUGUAUCGAAAAUCUCUUCGAUGGAUCACGAGACAUUUUGUACGAAUAUGGCCGUGUAAAGCGUUCGCGACUCUUCCAAGAGAACUGAUGUAUAAGUGUUAUCAUCAACAUAUUGUACACAUGUCUACAGACAACGUGCUUCAAACCAUGAUGGACUGCGACAAGCUACUCGCAACCUUGCCAAAUGUCCGUUGGGCAGAACCAGUGUUUAGGAUGGUGUCAAAUUUGCUGAAGACUUCGAUGAAGUUUUUGUCGGACAAUUUCUCAGGCGUGCUGGGAAACGAGAACUUCCAAUCCCUUGGUAGGGAGUUGACGUGGAACAUCAGUCGAUUGGAGGAUAAUUUCUUAGCAGCUGCGGAACGCUUGCCUCCUGAACAAGCAUGCAAAAGUUACUCAAAGUUACACAAAAUGUUGGCUUCCGCGCAACUGGACGAAGCUCAAGAAAAAAUCAAGUGGGGCCAGUUGUUCAUUGACUUUUUGAAAAAGAUUCAAUGCCGGGUGGAAAAAUGCUUGGUCAGGGACGCAACGCGAGCAGCGAGAACCGCCACGUGGUUGAAAAUGGACUUGGAACUGCGACGUAGAAUACAGGAACUGGCGUGUCUUGUAAUCCUACCUCACGAGACCACGAAACGUCAGUCGAGGCAUUCAAACUUUGUGAAAGAACCAAGGCCAGUGUCGAGUCGUUUAACGACAAAUCGAAGUUUGGAUUUGAAACGCGUGAAGAUGGUUAUAUCCGAGCACAAUGACAAAACAUUGAAACAAAUGGCAACGAUACAACAAACAAAGAAGGUGUUUAAUAAACCUAAAAGCGACCCGCUGGAACGUAAAAUGCAAGAUGAUAAGCAACCUGCUACUGAUACAAGUAGACCGAAAUCGUGGCCCAAUAAAGUAGAGGUAAAAUCGAGGUAUUUGGAACCUAGAAACAAAUCUGUUCCCAAAGAGACUAUACAUCCAACGCAUCCGGAAAAGGUAAUCGUACAGCCACGGCGAAAAAUAAUGAUCUCGUCUUCGGAUUCGUCUCGGACGUCUAGCCCGGCAAUGAAACGCGCCACCGAGAAAAAACCACUAGCAAAGAUAAAAUUACCUAUAAAAAAAGAUGUGAAGGCUCUUUCCUCGGACAGUUUAACAGAACCAAAUACAAGCAAAACGAACAAUAAAAAGGACUUGAUCAGUAAGAGUUGCGGUAUCACGCGUCCAGAAUCGCCAACCUUUAAGCAGAAAAAUGCAGAGAUAGGCUUAUCUGUAGAUUCUUUGGCGGAAUCAAAGAACAAGCCGGUAGCUGUUAAAAAGAAGGCUAGUAAAAUGGACACCUCGAUGUCCACGGACAGUCUUAUGACUGAGAUCACGACAACGCCUAAAUCGAACACGUCGAACAAACUUUCGCCGACCUUAGGGAAGACAACGAACAAGGUGCAAAUUUAUGAGAAAGUAAAGAAGAGUUCGCCGCCGAUACAGCAAAGAAGUCCGCUUACUAUAACGAGAAGAACACCCAGGUCAUUGGAAAGCUCAACCGCAGCGAGCAGAAGCAGGGUGGCGGCUAUAAGCGCUUACCACGGUUCGCCUAGUUUACGAAGGAAUCUUCUGGACGCCGCUAAGACUCCGGACGUUCCAAGUAAGUUGUUGAAUAACGUGUCGUGUAAGCCUACGAAUACGCGACCGAUUACGCAGUCUAUGAUCAAUCACCCUACCGUAAAGAGAGAAAAGAAAGAGGUAGUGCCGAAUCAACAGGGAUCCGAAAGCCCUAGCAAAAGAUCUUCCCCAAAGUCGUCUGGCACCAACAAAAUAAGUAAAACCGGGGUUACCAUUAAAAGGACAACUAGCAGGGCCCCGUGCGAUGAGAAAGUAAAAAAUAAGUGCCAUAACGGGGAAGUCGCGAAACAGCUUACGGUGGGCUCUAGAUCAGGAACCUUUCUAAAAGACGAGCCCACGAUACUUAAAAAAGCAGAUAUUAAAUCUUCUCAGAUCAAUACUUAAAUUUAUAUAGAUCGGUCGCUGUGUAUGUUUCUUUUACGUACAGCGCGGCAUUAGUUUUACGAAUUAUAUAUAUAUAUAUAUAAAAUUAUCAUCUGUAAUCGCAAACGUGAUAAUUCCAAUUGUGGGAUCGUACUAUGUGUAAAAUAGAAUUACGUAUAAUUUUAAUUUAAUGCAAGUUGCAGUUUGACGUAAUCGUCGAAAGGAAUAUAUUUGAAAUGCAUUUAUUAGAUAUAUAGAGAAUGUGCUAUGAUUUUGUUGUAAUAUUAAAGGUAAACUAUAAAUGAAAUAUGGCACUAGGAAUAUACAGGUUUCAAAUUAAAUCAUUUUUUUUCCAUUAUCUGAUAUCUGACAGAGAAUAGGAAUUCGUGGCUCUUAGAGGCAUCUUGGGUAACGAUUAAAUUUAGUUUAAUUAUAUUGCACAACUAGAAUAACGAUAAUAACGUUACUUUUGAUCACAAAUGCAACUAUCUUAAUGUCCCACCCAGUUUUCAACCGAUGUGCGCAUUAAUAAUGUCAUAGUAUUACACACCACAUAUUUAUAGAUUGUAGAUCUAACAUGGCCAGUUAGAUAAUAUAUUUAGAUAAAUCUUUCUUUCUUUCGCAUUUAAGGAGCCAUAUCACCCAAAAUUGUUUCGUAGAAUUAUUUACUAAUUUUACUAGUUGCAGUAUAUGUAAAGUAAUUCCUCGUCUUACCAUUUGAUGUUGCCAUUUUACUAACUAAUUUUUAUUGUAAGUAGAACUCCGUUUA